UAAAAAUGAACUCGAAAAAACUACAGCUAAAAUUCUAUAUAAAUUCUAAUCACAAAUCAGAUUGGAAGCAACCGAACUUGUCAAGGAAGAGUAGUUUCAUUCAUACAAUGGAAACUUCACAUGAUGAAGAGAAUGAGGAGCACCCUCAGCCUCUAAAGAUGGUAUCUUCAAAAGGAAGAUUAGUUAGACGGAAAAAGAAGACAAACAAUACUACAUGGCUUAAAGACCCUUCUAUCGAAUAUCUAUCCAAAUCGAGUCUCAGUAUCACUAGUGAGAACACUAACAAUACUGUUGAAGUCAGGAACACACUUAAGGAAAUCACUGAUCCCAUUAUCGUUAUUGAAAACUGAGGUGAACAGUUGUAUUCACAAAAACUGAGCACAGAAAACCAGUCGGUCAAGGAAUCGAAUCACAAAAAGUCUGCAACAGUAGACUUCUCAGUAAUCAGCAAGGAAAUGCUUUGUGGAAAAUCAAGCAAACGGCCAUCAAGGAAGGGUAAGCAUGUUCGGAAGAACACUGAGUUUCAUGAUCCUAACAAACUGUUCAAGCAUCAUGACAUGGAUGUUGAGAUCAUCCCAAAGACUCAGAAGGAGAGCAAGUCUAAGUAAGAAAUCGAAGAAAAACACAAGAUUUCAGAGAUAUUCGAACCACUUUGAGAUGACCCACAAAAGUAUUAUUAAACAUUCCAAGAAUAAAGCGUCCAAGGAUUCUAAAGAGAGUAAUGCGGUUUUUGAUAAAGAAUUCGAGAAAAUGUAUCUGUCCCGCAGUAAGUCAAAAGAUAACCAUGAAAUUGCCUCCAAAAAUGCGGCUCCUAACGGGAUUCUUCUAAGUACUUCUAAUUGUCAGAGCAGAGACCAGCAUAGAAUAUACCCAGAUAUAAUCUUUAAGAAGACAGACAAAAGCUCUGCAACUGGUAAAGGAAAGAAGCCGAUUCACAGGAUGAAGACCAAAUAAAAUUAAGAAAUCAGCCAAAGAUUCAAAGACUAAACGAAGGCAAGAUAGACUCAGACCAUUGUGAAAUACAUCAGAGAAAAAGAAGGCCUCUAGUAUCACGACUACACCUAGGAGAAUCUCUACUAGAGCAGAUACCAAUGCACAUUUGAUACAUAAAAGUCUCCUUGAGAAUAUUAAGCCAAAACAAACCCAUGUAAAGAGGAAUUCUGAAGCUAAAAUUGAGAAGUUUUGGAACUAUACUAAGUUCUUAUCAACUAAAGAUAACUGGUCUUCAUUCGAACAAGUUAGAGCAAGGAACACCCAAGAUGGGAAAAUAAGUAAGAGAAAACAGUCUUUCAAUAACUUUAUCUUUGGAUGCAAUCCCAAAGAUUUUGAUCGCACACAUGAUACUGGAACCCAGACAAUGUCCGAAUUAGAUAGAUUCAUCCAAAAGUAUGGGAAACAGGGGAUAAACCAAUUGCAGAAAACAAGGAUUGCAUGAAGUUGUGAUCCGAAAAAGUGCCAAUGUAACCCCAUGUUCCAAGACCUCUUACUGUCCAUUCUCAGAACCUACUAAACAGUUGUAUAUAGGAAGGUUCAAUCAUUAUUUUU